AUGAGUGAUUUUGGGGUUGUGGGGAACUUCAGUGACUAUGUAAAUGAUACAGAUGAACGUGCAUCUAAAAAAAGGCGUUUGAAUUGGGAUGAUGAUAAAUUUAAGCCUGGGUUCAUCUUGAAAGUCAAAGUAAAGAAUUUCACUACGUAUUCGUAUGCAGAGUUUAAUUUGUCACCCACGUUAAAUAUGAUUAUCGGACCUAAUGGUACUGGGAAGAGUACGUUGGUUGCUGCAAUAUGUUUAGGUUUGGGAGGAAAAAUCGAUCUUAUCAAGAGAAAGACCAUGAAAUCAAUGAUUAAGACGGGCCAAGAAGAUAGUACGAUUGAAAUAACGCUAAAAGAUAGUGAACCUGAUGUGUAUUUAGUGAUACAGAGAAAAUUUACUGAAAAGGAAUCUGUGUGGAAAUUGAACGGAGAAAUUUCUGACGAGAAGCUGAUAAAGAAAAUCUGCAAGAAGUUUAACAUUCAGUUAGACAAUCUUUGCCAUUUUUUACCGCAAGAGAGAGUAGCUGAAUUUGCGGGACUAUCGCCCGAAAUGCUACUCCUUGAAACCCAAAGAACACUAGGAUCAGGUCACCUUUUGGCAAUGCACGAGGAUUUGAUCGCAAAGGAUAAUAUGCGUGAAAGCUUGAAAACGGAUAUUGCGUCAAUUGAAGAAAGAUUAAUAAAAUUAACUGAGGAAAAAGAUAGGUUACAGGAAGAAGCUAGAAGGUUUGAAGAAUAUCAGGAAAAGACACAAGAUUUGAUAAACCAUAAAAUGUUGAUUCCUUAUGCCCAGCUCCAAGAUUUAAAAGAACGCCAAAAGCAUAUCAAGAAAGAAAGAGAUCUCGCAAAGAAAAAGUUGGAGAAUUUUAAAUCUAAUACUAGGCCAAUCGAAAUACAAUUACAACAAGCACAACAGGAAUAUGAAGUGCAAAACGGAAAAUUUCAAGAAUCGAAAUCAGCUUAUCAAGAAUUAGUGACAAAAUAUGACAAUAGAAAAGAGGAAAUAAGUAAAAACCUAGAUACUAUUGCUGGCCUUAAGAUGACUAAGACCACAUUAGCGAACAAAAAUGAAAUGAAGAGGGUAGAGUUGGACAAAUUACGUCAAGAGAAAGAAGAAUUAUUAUUGAAAUUAAAUAGUAUGCCGCAAGUAGAUGAAAAUGACUUAUUAAUGAACAAAACUCUCAGAGAUGAGAAGCACGAUGAAAUUAAUGAUUUAGACGCUGAUGUUAACAAUAGCCAAGACAAGUCAGAUUCCUUGCGUAGUCAACUCAGUAAAUUGAAGAAAAAUAUUCAGGAGCAAGAAAAGAAAUCUAGUUCUAACGAUAAAAUUGUUGUCUUAGAAAGUAACGGGAGAUACCGUAGUGACCUUUUAGACAAUGCUUACGGUGCACAUAUGUACUUAAGAGGGCAAGCCGAAUUGAAGGAUCUCUAUUUCGAAGCUCCUGUCGUUUCUUGUGAGAUUAUUAAUAAAAAAUAUGCUAAGUUCGUUGAAAAAGUUAUUGACAACAACACAUUAUUGUCGUUGACUAUACCGUCGCAAGAAGUGUAUGAUAAAAUUUCCCAAGUUCUUUUUUCUAAAUAUAAUGCUCCGUUGAGAAUUACAAAAGAAGUUGCAUACACCAAUCAAAUGAACCAAGCUGAAUUAAACUCAUAUGGAUUUGAAGGAUUUUUGUCUGAUUAUAUAUCGGGACCCAAAGAUGUUUUGAACAUGUUAAAUGUGAUUUCAAAAGUUAACCUUAUUCCAGUUAGUAGUAAGCCUUUAUCGGAUCAACAGUUUAAUAAGUUGUUACAACCGGAUGGGAGAGGUAGAAUUCCCUUCAUGAAAUUUAUCGCCGGUGAUAGCCUCUUCACUGUUUCAAGGUCUAAGUAUGGAUCUAAACAAUAUUUUUAUACCACUGAGCUGGUUUCAGAGGCUCGAUUUUUUGGCUCUACUGGAUUAACUCAAGAAGUUAAAAGACAAAUUAUUGAAAAUAUUGAAAGUAUGACAAGAGAAUAUAGAACAAUAAGAUCGGAAUUAGAAAGAGUGGUGAAUAAUUCGGAGCCUAUCAAGAUGAAACGCCUUUCUGUCCAGAAAGAAAUAGAUGGUAUAAAAGCGGAAGUUGAUAGAUUACAAAAUCUUAAGAAAGGAAAAGCGAGGUUAGAGACAUUUAUAUUGCAGAAGGAUGAAAGAAUAAAGAAGAUGGAACGUGAUGCAGAGAAAGACUAUACUGAAAAGAUAAAGGUAAUAGAGAAAAAGGUUAAAGAAAAGUAUGAUAACUAUGCAAAAGAUACAUCAGAUCUCUCCAAUAUAAUAGGAAAGUUAACUUCAUCUUCCAUUAAACUUGAUCAAGAUGAAUUUUUAAUACUUCAAACGCAAAAUAGAAUAGUCACCGCAGAGCAACUAAAGAACAACCUUAUGCAAUACAAAGAAUCUUUAGAAAAAGCAUACGAAGAAGCGAAGCGCAAAUAUAAUGAAAUAAAGAAGAGUGAUGCAGCACAAAAAAUUAGAGAGCAGAAUGCAUCUUAUACAGAUGUACAGCGGGAGGUUUUAUCCCAUUUAGCAGGAACGUAUAUGGAUAGUAAUACUUUAACUGAAAAGAAUAUAAGAGAGAAAAUACAACUUCUUGAGGAUGAAAGAGCUUUGAUGUCAACGGCAGAUCAAAGCUCUAUAGAAACGUUGAAAAAUAAACUAUAUGAAAUUGAAGUUUCCGAAAGAGAAUUGCCAAACCUAAGAAAUAAGAAAGAGCAGCUUGAUGAGAGAAUUGAUAAAAUUUAUGAUCAGUGGGAACCAGAGUUGUCAAAUUUGGUAUUGAAAAUUUCAAAAGCAUUUCAAAAAAAGUUUACUACUGUCGCAAGUGACGGUCAAGUUGAAUUAGCGAAAGAACAGAGAUUCAAAGAUUGGAAGUUACAAAUCUUAGUCAAGUUUCGAGAGAAUUCUGACCUAAAGGUUUUAGACCACCAGUCUCAAUCAGGAGGGGAGAGAGCGGUUUCCACUAUAUUUUAUAUCAUGUCAUUACAAGGUUUAACGGAUGCCCCAUUCAGGAUAGUUGAUGAAAUUAACCAAGGUAUGGAUCCAAGAAAUGAAAAAAUGGCUCAUAAGUAUUUAGUUCAUACAGCUUGUCAGAAUAACAAAUCCCAAUAUUUCUUGGUAACUCCAAAGUUGUUAACAGGACUUUAUUAUCACCCUGACAUGGUUAUACAUUGUAUUUAUACUGGCCCUCUCAUCGAUGCUGUUGAAAAAGACUCCGAUAAGCCGGAUUUUAUGGAUUUGACAAGAAGUGCAUUAGUUGCAGUCACGUAG